GGAACUCUCGCGAUAUUUGCCGGGCGCUGCCGGUGGUCUUGUCUAGCUCCUGUCGUCGCCUACGCUGCUGUGUUGCUGGGAGCGGUCAGCCGAACAACAUGACUUCAGCUCUGGAGAACUACAUCAACCGAACUGUUGCUGUUAUUACUUCUGAUGGGAGAAUGAUAGUGGGAACACUGAAAGGUUUUGACCAGACCAUUAAUUUGAUAUUGGAUGAAAGCCAUGAACGAGUGUUCAGCUCUUCACAGGGCGUAGAACAAGUGGUACUAGGGUUAUACAUCGUAAGAGGUGACAAUGUUGCAGUCAUUGGAGAAAUUGAUGAAGAAACAGAUUCUGCACUUGAUUUAGGGAAUAUUCGAGCAGAACCUCUGAACUCAGUAGCACACUGAGGAAAAAUUACAUACAUUGGACAUCUGUAAAUCUUUGUACAGAAACUGAUUAUUCUGAUGAUGAUGGUUUGAAUUUUUAUGAAUGUGUAAUUGUACAAUUUUGACUCCAUAUUGAUUCAUUGUAAUAUGAUACGUAAAUUAAAAUAUUUUUACAUUUUCUUGAAUAAACAUUUUUUGUCUAAAUCGUU